AUGAAGAACUCUUUCGUUGUGUUAUUUGCGGUAUUUGUGGCCGUGGUUUCAGCUGCCCGUUUGCCAGAAGCCAAUUCAAGGCUAUCGCUUGGUAAACUUGAACCUGUUUUGAAAAAUAUCAUCGAUCACAUGCGUGAGGUCAAAUCUGAAACUGACAGUGAAGAUGUCUUUGAGAAGGAAACAAUUCCAGAAGUUUCUCAACCUAAGGAAGUUGAUGAUUCAUUAGAAGAAUUCCGUCAGAAACCAAUAAAUUGGAAGGCUUUGAUGGAGAAGAUUGUAGUUCUUGAGAAGCAACAACAAGCUGCAGUUGAAAAGACAGAUAAUGAAGAUUUAGAAGAUUCAGAUGUUGUUUUAAGUUAUGGUCUUGAUGAGCCUGUAAAGAUCAGUGAAGUGAAGAAUGAAAUUGACAAUGACGAGGAAGACGAAGCUAUUGACAUGACUAAAGAAGAUAAACCAGAUGUUCAAAUUAGUUACGGUCUGCCCGAGCCAAUUAAAGUUUCAAAUAUCAAGAAAAACACAAUAGAGGAAGAAGAAGAGGAUGAAGAUGAUGAAGAAAAUCAAUCUAUUAUUCCCUUCAACGACAUCAAAGACGAAGAUAAAGAAGAAUUUGAUGAUGAAGAUGUUCAAGUAAGCUUUGGUCUAGCUGAACCUAUUGAUGCUGUUGCUGCUAACAGAAUUAACCAACAAGAAGAUGCUGAAGACGAUGAAACUGAUGAAGAAGAAGAUGACGAAAAACGACCAGAUUUAAAUGAAAAAGUUAUGUCAGAAAUCAUAAAGAAUGUAUUGCAAAAAUUUGCUAAAGCUUAUAAUGUAAAAUUGUAA